AACAAACUACUGUACUUAGCUAGCUAUCGUUGAAGUACUGACAUGUAUCAUUUAAAAUGCUCCUUUAUUUCAAGGAUGAUGCCUAGCUCCUAGACAUGUCAUAACAUUUGCAGCCAUUACUUGUGCGACUAUGUUUAUCUACGUUUUUGUUAGUAGCUUGAGUUAGCUGUCUUGCUAACAUGUUCAGUUUGAUGCAUCCUGUAAACUUGUUUGUCUUUGCAUUGUUGAUGACAAUACCCAAUGCUGUAGGCUCUUCAUAUGAGAUCACAGUGGAUGUCGGAAAGCCAUCAGGACAUCUGAAACAUUUCUGGAGGAGCACUGGUUUCUGCCCCCCUCUUCCACACACCCAGUCCAACCAGUAUGACCUGAGCAGGGACCAGGAGCUGAACCUGGCCUACGUGGGCUCAGUCCCCCAUGGGGGGAUUCAGCAGGUUCGGAUCCACUGGAUGCUGGAGCUGAUCACAGCACACAUUGACAAAGGAGAACUCCAGUACAACUUUAGCCAACUGGACCAGCUGAUUGACCUCUUGUGGAUAAAUGGACUACUCCCAGGUUUUGAAUUGAUGGGCAGUGUGAACAACUACUUCACCAACUUUGAAGACAAAAUGCAGGUGGUGGAGUGGAGAAACCUGGUGCAUCUCAUUGCAAAUAGGUAUAUUGAGAAGUAUGGCUUGGGAAGUGUAUCUCUGUGGAACUUUGAAACAUGGAAUGAACCGAACAAUCAUGACUUUGACAACGUCACUGUGUCUAUCCAAGGGUUCCUGAACUACUAUGAUGCCUGUUCUGAGGGCCUGCGGGCUGCCAGUAGGGCCCUGCGCUUGGGCGGUCCAGGAGACUCCUGCCACACCCCACCACACUCCCCCUACUGCUGGGCUAUGCUGCAGCACUGCUACAAUGGCACCAAUUUCUUCACUGGGGAGACAGGGGUGCGGCUGGACUACAUCGCCCUGCACAAAAAGGGUGGAGGCUAUUCGUUACCCAUCAUGGAACAGGAGAUCCAGACAGUGAGAGAGAUCCAGGAGCAUUUCCCUCUCUUCCGAACUCUGCCAGUUUACAAUGAUGAGGCCGAUCCAUUGGUGGGCUGGUCCAAACCUCUGGCGUGGAGGGCUGAUGUGACAUAUGCAGCCAUGGUUGUCAAGGUGAUCUCCCAACACCAGGACCUGCUGUUGUCUGACCAGAACAGCACCAUCAACUACACCCUGCUAAGCAAUGACAAUGCCUUUCUCAGCUACCACCCUCAUCCGUUCACUCAACGCACCCUGACGGCCCGCUUCCAGAUCAACAACACCCAGCCCCCCCACGUCCAGCUGCUCAGGAAGCCUAUACUGACCGUUAUGGGGCUGCUUGCUCUGCUAGGAGAGACUCAAGUACUGUCUGAGGUUGUGGAGGUUGGGGGGACCGACAACAACACUGUGGGGAUCCUUGCCAGCACCCAUGACCCCCUCAUGUCCUGGACCUCUGACAGCUGGCAAGCCACUGUGCUGAUCUAUAACAGCGAUGACACCAGCACAUCUACCACCACUGACCUCAUUAGGGUGUCUCUCAAAGGAUUCACAGGACAGCAAGGACUUGUGUAUGUAACAUAUUACCUGGACAACAAUGUGACCAACCCAUCCCAGCUGUGGCAGAGCAUGGGCAGCCCAGACUACCCCACAGCAGAGCAGUUCAGACAGCUGAGGAACAUUGAGGAUCCUCAGGUGGAUGGACCUCUGCCCUUCCCUGCUGAAGGCAUCCUGACCAUGUGGGCCAAGCUCUAUGUGCCCUCUGUCCUCCUCAUACAUGUGUGUGCCCAGCCCAAGGCCACGCCAGACCAGGUGAAUGGAUUGCGAUUCAUCAGCAUCACAAAAAGCCAAGUUAUGAUUGUGUGGAAAGAUGAUUGUGUAAAUUCCAAGUGCAUUAAGACUUUUGAGGUGGAGUUCUCCAAAGACCAGGAAGAAUUCAAGAGGGUAAACACCCGGGAUACCAUUUUCACGUCCUAUGUAUAUUCACCAGAAAACCUGGAGGUUAGUGGUAGCUACAGAGUACGAGCUGUGGACUACUGGGGAAGAACUGGAGAAUAUUCACUGACUGAGAAAUAUUCAGAGGAAAACUAAUUUAACUAGUGUUUCCUACAUGGUACCAUGACUGAUUGUACAAAAGCAUAUUUCGUUUGUAAAAUUUUUACUUUCAGAAAAUAUAAAUCAGCAUUAUUGACUUAGUCUGAUAUGUUUGUUUACAUGGAAUAAAUUUUCCAUAAAUAUUUUGUAAUUUCACAAUCAAUAAGUAAAACUUUUACCAUUUUAAAUAUUUUUUUAAUGCUCAUGAGACAGUGAUAACAAUAGAAUGCUCAUGUUUUUCCCCUGGACAAUGUACUCACCAAGCCAACUAAGUUUCUUUAAACUCUAUUGUUGCCAACACAAACUGAUGAACAGUGAAUGAGCAAUAACAUAGUGUCUUCUACAAUGUAGAAAAUAAAGUAGGUGUCCAAACUUUUGACUGGUACUGUACAUGAGGGGCAUAAUAUCAUUUUUAUAUAAAAAAAUCUUAUGCGAUUUCCCUCUUCAGUCAUCAGUAAAUAUCUCUGUCCAAGCCAGCACGUUGUAGGGAUCCCUUGGCAGCAGUUCCUUCAUAGUAGACAUUCAGCAAGCUCCUGUUGAGCAGAGAAAAAUCAGAAGAGGGUCAACUGGGAUGCUAAAUUUGUUGGACAUCCCAAAAAUAAACAUUUGCUUUAGUUGUAGAAAGCACAUUUAUGCUGGUAAUAAAUAUUUGUUGAGUAGGAGAUGAGUUAAGUAAGUCUCAGUGAAUGUUUAAAGGCGGCACUCAGCAUUUACAGUAAUGCAGACAACACUGAUCCUUCCUCUUUGAUGGUGUAGUCCGGAUUACUAUAAAGCAUUUCAUAACAAUUGUUGAUGUAAGGGCUUUAUAAAUAAAAUAUGAAAAAUGUAACCCAUACCAGACUGCAGCACGGGCUCAAAUUGUCCAGCCAUGCAGAUCUCUUCCUGCUUGGCGCGAAUGCUCCUCUGGAUGGCUGGUGGCAGGCCACGGGGGUUACGGGAGAAUAUCAGGGAGUAGCCAUCCUCACAGCUUCCAUCAUCCUUCAGGGUACGGCAGGCAUAUGUGAUGGCAUAGUUGUCAUAGUCGGUGUCAAUCACCCAGUAGUUGUCACCUGAGAGAAGAGGAGAGUAUUGUGAGUAUUGUGCGCAGCUUACUAGUUGUUAUUUCUGCAUCUGUAAGUGUAUUUGUGUAUAACGGUAUAUUUAGUAGACGUACCUCCGCUGGACAGAUAGCUGGCCAGUCCCUGGUAGUUCAUGAACAUCUUUCCAGGGGUGGUAGAGUCUGGCACAGUGUACUGGGCAGCCAUGUCAGCGCACACAACCCAGAAUCUGUAAAUAGGGGAAAGUAUUUCCAAUCAACUUAUCAUAGAUAAAGCCAUUUUACAUGAAUACUGUAAGUUAAACAUGUAGUAGAUGUAAGGUUUUCAGUUUGACCCUUAUACACAGAUUUGGUAAGCCAUGUUCCAUUUAAGACUAUUACUACUUUUAAGACUUACCAUUUCAUCAGAAAUAACCUCCAGGCAGCUCUUACCCAAAAAGUGUGACACGUCCCUUGGAGGCGGCGACCAUGGAGCCGUCGUCACCGAUGGCGUACUCAGCUGAGAUGUUGUCCUGGAGGAACAGUCCCUCAGGGUCCUUCUUCUGCAGAGCGUACCACUUCCCUGCGUACUGGAGCACACACAGAUAAACUGGUUGGUUGAAGAGCCUUGCAGGUAGCCUAGGCAAUUAUUAUUUCCUCCAUACUGAAGCAGGAGUGUUGCAACUAUUUUUCUAGCUGUGUACUGUGGCACUAGCACAUAAAAAAAGAUGUAGGGCCUUGCAGGACAGUUUGGUCUUCUAUAGAGGACUGUUUGUUUUACUCACUCUCUUGGGGUCAAAGUCCUCCUUGACAUUGAAGCUGUCCACCACACAGGAGGCAGCCCAACUCUGCUCCAGACCCGCCAGAAGCACCACCACAAGGGUCAGCAUAUGGAAGUUCAUUUCUAGAGAAGAGAUAAAUUCCAUAAGUAUAACUUCAUAUGUAAUAAAAACAAAAUCAAUAUUUUGAUAAAGCACAAUAGCUGGUCCUCUCAAUUGGUAACUACAUUUUUAUAAAAAGCCCAUAACAUAAAAAUUCACAGCAACAUUUUAACAUUCCCAUGAAAAGUUGCAAAAACAUACCGUUCAGGGACAAAGCAAGAGGUUAAGCUUCGAUGAAGUUGCAGGUAUGCGUUUCUCUUGUGUCUAGAAUCCUUAUAUACACAAGGCACAGACGAGCUCACUGAUUAUAUUUUCACAUCUUGGUCCUAAAUGGAGGGUUAAAUCUUAAUCUAUUACUAAUCCGGUUAACAAAAUCCUACCCAAAAACUGUUGCACUUUCCCAUACACAAUGAAAUGGCUUUAUGUAAUUGUAGCAAGGGUAUUUUCUAGUCUAAACACAGAGAAAGCACAUCUAGGGAAUUAGUUUACCUUAACCAAGCCAAAGUACUGUUUACAUAUGGGCAUGGCAACACCAAGGUAUUAGAUAGUUCUUUAGUGACAUGGAAAUUAAAUGGAAAUAAAUUACAUGCAUGUCUUAUCAGUUGGUAACAUAUUCAUUGAACAAUGAUUAAUAAUCAGGGAUUGGAUAUCAAGUUCUGGCAGUUGAAGAGUAAACAAUUAUUCAAUUGUAAGAAUACAUGCUUUAUAAAAUUAACGGUCCACGUGGGACUGUUAAUGCCCCUGGGUUAAGUAACAUGAUCUGUUGCACCAGUUUGGUUCUGUAAGCUCAGACAAAAUGUUCUUGGACAGACCGCUGAAGCACAUUUACAAGAGGGUUGACGCCAGGUGAAAUGGGUGCAUAAGUGUCAUUUCUGAAAAUGAUUUCAGUGAGCAAAGCCAUACAUUGGAUCAUCCCUUGCUAAUAUAUACUGUGCACUAUAGAUAUACAUAGUUGACAAAUAAAGCUUUUGUCUUUUUCUAUAA